CUGUAGAGUGAUUUACUUCCGUUAAGCUAGAACCACAGCCGCUGCUAAAAGAUAUAAACAUGGAGGAGAAAGUUGAGCAAGCUACAAACAGUAAAAAUAUAUCUCUGCCUAUUUCGAGGGUGCGAUUAAUCAUGAAAAGUUCUCCCGAUGUGUCCUGUAUUAACCAGGACGCUCUUUUCUUGACAACUAAAGCAACGGAGCUUUUUGUCCAGCACUUGGCUCUGUCUUCAUAUAAAAACGGUUCUGGUAAAGAGACAAACACACUGUCAUACAGUGAUCUGGCCAGGGCCGCAGAAGAGUCUGAAACAUUUCAGUUUUUAACUGACAUCCUUCCUAAGAAAAUCUUGGCCAGAGAUUAUCUGAAGUCACUGGAAGAAAUGGACAAAGAUGAUGACAACCUGUAGUGAUGAAUAACAAGUCAGAGGAAAUUACUGUGAACUGGUUCUGACCACUUCCUUACUAGAACAGUGGAUAAAGUCAUAGGACGUUGUCUUACAAAUAAGGAGAUUUCACCCAAAGAUUUGUUGUUUUAGAGAGGUAACAUACAUGUUUUACUUACUGUAGUCUGUAUGGUUUAGCACCCACUUACACUAUGCUGUUUAAAAUGUUCAGAUUCACCACUGUGAGCACAGGAAACCAGUAUAUGUGCUGCUGUAUCAUGCAUUGGUGGUGUUUUAUUACUACUUGACACCAUGAUUUGUAUUUUUUUUUUUUAUUCAGCUGCAACAAUUCAAACAUCUACACAGCCCAUUCCCUUCAUUGUGAAAUUAGACUUUGCUUAUGGAUGCGUCUUAUAAAUAAAAUGAUAUUUCUCAGGGUUUAGAGAGGUAUUUUAGAGGUAUAUUUGAUGCCCUUUAACAUUUUAACCACUUCUGCGCUGAAGGUAAAAAUACAUUUGAUUCAUACUUGAGUCUGGACUGCAGCUGAAGAUUUAUCUAGUGCUCUGUAUAGUUUUUAAAUGCUUGAACAGUUUGAUUUUGUAUUUGAAUAAAUGCAUUUGCUGAU